AUGAGCGACAAGUAUCUGCGAAAUGAGCAGCAGCAGCUGCUGAACUCUAUUGGCACGGAGGUGUGCUGGGGGUGGUCGCCCGCCAUUGAUUUUGUGUCGCUGCUUGCCAAGCGACCACAUCGCGCAGCAGAGCAAGGCAUAACCCAGUCGAUCACAAGUCAAAUAGGGGGCCAGCAAUCGGAGACGCCACCCUCAGCGUCGUCCGCAUCUGUCGCCACGGCGGCACCGUCCUCCAAAAGUAAAGAGGAGGCUGAACUCGACGACCUCAUUGCGCAGAUUGAGGGCCGUAGGACUGCAACCGCAAAGGCUGCGCAGAGCAUCCCAGUAGAGUCAUCAGAAUCGAAACCCCAAUGUAGUCCGCCCUUUUCUUCUUCCACGGCACCCCCUGCUACCGCCGCGGCAGCAGACGACGAGGUGACCGUCUUGCUCGCCGGGGCUUCUGACAUCCGCCACCUACUUCGGACUUUGUCUUCUCUUCGCGCUGCCGAGUCAGCCAAUGGAAAGUCGGGACCGCAGCCAACGUAUCACUUCUAUAUUUAUGAGCCAAGCCUGCGCCUGCACUGCCGCCACCUCUUCUUUCUCCAGUGGUUGCUCGACAGCAUGUUCUCGCUGGAGGAGCUGGAGGAGCGUGUGCUCAUGUUCUUGGAUGUCUACGGUAACGCGCUGAUGCGUGACAUGACCGCUGCGCAAGUGCGCAACGUGGUGCAGCGCCUGCGCACGGCGCUUGAGACAGACUCGUCUGCGCUACUCCGCAUCGCCUCGUUUGAGGAAAUGAAGAGCAAGGAGCGGGACUUUGUGGAGAGUCAGCUGGCGCACUGGAACCGCGACGCCUCGGUGGCUGACAUUAGAGAACAGUGGAUGCAGCGCGUUCGACAGGAGAUGGCAGAGCGCUACGACAACCGCGACAACAUCAUUGACUGGGACUUUGUCUUCCACUUGACGGAGUACACAAACCUCCUGAAAUUCCCCGAGUACCGCACUUGGCGUAACACUGGCGUGGCCUUCGACGUCAACCACAUCAAUCCGCGACGGGGAUUCAGCUACGAGUACAGUGUCCCCAACAAGACCCUCUGCUUCUUUUCCCGCUCCGGCCGCGGCGUCUACUCAGGGGACAUCAAGAACGGGCCUUUUUUCUCCUUUGGGGCGCUCACGCCCAACGCACACAUCCGCCACCGCACGACGGAUGGCACUUGCAAAUAUGGCAACGGCGUCGUAUCAAUGCACAACGUGCGGGCUUGGCUUUACACACUCAUGACCGGCUUGUCAUGGCCAUGGGCCGACCACGCCUUUGCCUGGGAUGACCCACGAAACUACAACUACCUUCCCCCUGGAACACCGAGCGGCGUCGCCUACACCGCCACACUACCGAAGGUGCGCGUGCACUUUGUAGGCCUUGAGUGGGACCGCUUUAUGCUGCACUGCAAGGAGGGCAAAGUCCCGCGCAUGGAUGCAGCCUUCUUUGGGACCUCCUGCACGCAAUACAUGACCCCCACCGUCCUGGGAGACGUCAUGUCGAGGGCGGUGCACGCGGUAGUGGUGGCGGAAACAGCGAAGUUCAUCGUGGACGCCGAGGACGUCGCGAAGACAGCAUACAUCGCGAAGCUGGACGAUCUGGCGCGUGUGGGUGGGUGGACGCGAGAAGACGCCUUGACCAGUUACCUGCACGACGGUAAACCGGAUCCACUCCCCGUGAAGGGAACGAUGUCAGAUGCACAGAGAGUCUCCCAGGAGCGGUACGCGCAGCCGUCGCUGCUCGCCUAUGUCGCGAAAGUCGCUGCGUAG